AUGGGCUCCGAUACAAUGCGCAGCUAUCGCUCCUCCCAAGGGACAUUUUUCGGAGGCUUUGAUCCUCGACACGCCUACCGGUUUCGAGGCGACGGCCGCCACGGCGGAAUGGGCGGCGCCCUCAAAAUCGUUUUUCUAGGCAUGAUGACCUAUUUCAUUGCCAAAAAAGCCUUCCGCUCAAGCCAGCAUCCUCCUACCGAUUUCAAUGCCCCUGUUCAAUCAGUUCCACAGCGUGCCCAACGUCCCUCCGAUUCUCGGCUUCAGGGCCCUGUGUCACCGGCUUCGAAUCAUCCCAGUGGAGACUCAGCAUCACCGGAGUAG